AUGCUUCACAAAAAAUCAUCAACACGAAAAAUGCCUUAUAAUAAGAAAAAAAAGAAUGAUAAAUCUUCAACAUGGACAGUCCAAGCCCCUAAAACCAGACAACAAAAAAUAGAUGAGAGGUUAAAUAAAACCUUCGUGAUUAAAAGAAUUGAUAGUCAUUUGUCGUACCUUGGCAGAGAAAAAAAAAGAGCACCAGUCGAAGACAGAUAUAUUUACGAUAAUGAAAUUAGUUGGUACGAUCGUUGGAAACAAGAUAUCAAAGCAAUGCCCCAGGAAGAUCCCUUAAUAUUCAAAGAAAUUUUUUUCCAAAAUAAACAGCUGAGACAAGAAAUCAGUAUAAAAAAAGCUAGAAUUAAUGAGUUAGAAGAUCGGAUCGAACAAGUAAAAAGCGAAAAGAAUCGAGAGAUUGAAGAGUUGAAUAUUAAGAUGCAGAUAGAUGCUGAAGAAGCUGUAAAUCGGCAUAAAGAAGAGCUUGAUAAAAAAGAAGCGGAACUCCAAAAUAUAAAAAACUUAUACAUCGAAAAACAUCACGACCUUGAAAGAGAAAACAACGAAUUAAAAAAAAAAAUAGAAAAAUUGGAGAUCGAUCUCGAACGCUCACUAAGAAUAAAUGGUCGAAAUGUUAAUACGCAAUACCAAAAUCUUCGUGAAAGAACGACUGCUUAUCAAAUUAUGUUAAACAAACAAGGCAUUAAGACAACUCCCGUAUUUGAAAGAGCAGAAUCCGAAGAUAUGUCACUUUAUUUUUAUGAAGACGAAAACAAUGAUAAUUAA